AUGGCUGACACCGGAGCCGAGUGGAAUCAGGUCAAGCGGAAAGGCAGAAAACUUCGCCAUGUAUCCAAGCCAGUAGCUGAUGAGAAGGCUCCUUCGGACAAUCUGCAGCCAAACCCAAAUCCAGAAUACUCUAUUGGUGAUCUCUCAAAAUACCAUGACGGCGUGACCAGAAAAUUCGAGCAGUCUGCAUGCUGGCGGAAACUAGAGAAACUCCUCGACUCGGCUCUCUCAUCACGUCAACAACUACCACGCAUUGCCAGGGCAGUGUGUCUAGGGACAGGACCAUAUGAUCCAGCCGAUGGCAGUUCUCAAGCAAGGUGGACAGCUCACAUGCAGACAGCUGCCUUCUGUGCCAUUAUCAAUACAAUUCGAUCUAAAACAAACCAAGAAAUCAAGUGUUUCAUUCAAGAGCCCCGAUUUACACAAAUUGAUAAGGAAUUCUGCAGCAAACUCGAUCUCGAGGCCGUUGACAGUCCAGGUGGAUUCGAUCUUGUUGAUGAGAACACACUGCUCUAUGCCAUACAUGUCGAACUUGAAAUCUGCAACCUGGCCAUGAGAAAAUCUCUGCCGACCGUUUUCAUUGGUACCGGCUUGGAUGAAUGGCUACGGGUGGUAGAUGGCACCAAGGAGAGACCAGGGCAUCUCCAUCGUUUUUUCAAGUUGGAGGACAACUAUCACAAGCUCCCUUUUCCGGAUCUCGAUUACAUUUUCUCAAGCACCAGCAUAUACCUGAGAGAAGAUCAACAGACACACGAUGGGUGUGAGCGAGGCCAUAUCGAGGAGGCGGGAAAAGAAGAAGUGGGCCAACAAGAUACUGAAAAGAAAGGGGAUGAAAAGACUGAGAGCAAAACGAAAUCUCAGUCUUUGGAAGAUCAAGACGCUGCUACCAAGAGCGAUAUCGAUUCUCUGAGGCUUGAUAAGCUUGUGACUUAA